AUGGACGAGGAACUUCCCAUUUUCUACACACGCCGAGCAGCAUUGAGACAGCGAUUGGCUAAUGCCAUCAAUGAGGAUACAUACAGUGCUAGUGAUGUGCUUAGCAAUAUUUUGCGUACAACGGAGGAUAGUGGCAUCAACACAAGUAGUAUUGAUAAGGAGGAGGAUAGUGAAUCAAGUAGUGACGAAGACUCCGAAAGUGAGGAUAAUACUACAACCGCUAUGAUAAUAACUACAAUAUUAACGGUACUAACAAACGUCAUUCCUGUUCUAGAACAAUCAAAUAUUGUGCCUAGAGGAUCACUUGUGUAUCGUUUUGGGCCAUUGUUCGAUGAGAUCGCUGGGCACAUGCUACAAAUGAACUCCUUCCAUGUUGACAUGCGCAUGAGCUUACCUCAGUUUUUAAUUUUAAAACAAGCUAUCACACCUAUGUGUGAACGUGAUGAAGUCAUGGGAAGCCUGAGGAACGGAAGCAUCGACGUUGGGGUUCGAUUAGCUACUUCACGUAUGCUAGCGGGGAGCCAAGUAGCAGAUCUCAAGUGCACACAUGUAAAGCACAAAAGUACUGUAUAUGCAAUAUUUAAACGAGUAGUGCGUGCAAUCAACGAGGUCAGUAAUCUGGAUGCACUGAGAAUACGCUUUUCUACUACCACACAAGAGUGCAAGGAGAUAGCCGAAGGAUUCAGGCAACGACCAACGUUUGGAGUCAUUGCUUACUGGGUAGGAGCACUAGAUGGACUUUUUCGUUUAUUCUCUGGCCAUAAGAUGGCCCUUGGAGUGAAUUGCCAAGAGCAGUUGCUUGUUCAUCUUUUGGCUCCGUACAUGACAAGUGUGCCUUAG